AUUCAUCCAUUAUUUAUGCAUUUGUACCUUCAUCACUUAUCCAUAUAUUUGCAUAUCUGCUAGAAACUCAAAGACAAGUACAAUACUGUGUCCUUAAACGAUUUACAGUUCCCUGAGGAAACAGUUAGAUAGUGUUAUAACUGUCCCUGGGCCUGGAGCCCCUGAUCUAAUCAAUAAGGCCACCGGAGCAGACCGAAGACAGUGGUUUAACCAGACCUGAAAAGAUAAAUAUGAAUUUAGAUUCCAUUCAUCGGUUAAUUGAGGAAACACACAUCUUCCAGAUGCGGGAGCCAUCAGUUAAACCACCUUGUGACAUGUUAGCACCUGCUUCAUCCCCCAAGGACACUUGUCCUUCCUGUUUGCCACAUCAGGGACUGCAAUCACGUGCCGCUCACAACUUCUGCGCUCACUCCUGUAACACCAGUGAGUGGAAUAUUUGCGAAGAGCUUCGCCUGAGGGAACUUGAAGAAGUCAAGGCCAGAGCUGCCCAGAUGGAGAAGACCAUGAGGUGGUGGUCAGACUGCACUGCCAAUUGGAGAGAAAAAUGGAGCAAGGUUCGGGCCGAAAGGAACAGUGCCAGGGAGGAAGGAAGACAGCUCAGAAUAAAAUUGGAGAUGACGAUGAAAGAAUUGAGUGCACUGAAGAAGAAGCAGAGUUUGCCACAUCAAAAGGAGGUAUUAGAAACUACCCAAGACCUGAAGCAUCCUACUGUCAUGGAAGUGCCUUCUGCACAAAGAGACCCAUUUCACCUUGGUUCACAAACGUGGGAGUCUAUCAGAGAGUGUCCGGUAAAGAGAGAAUUUCCUACAAAGGAGAACCCGGAUAGUAAGGAAGAAGGUUUGAAUAUUGACCAGUUAAAAUUAAAUGAAGAGAUGAAACUCAAUCUUAACUGUCCUGAUUCCUUAAAAAAUGUUGUUUCUGAAAACGGUAUACUGAAAUCUGCAUUAAGACCACAAGCAAUAAACCUGCCUUUGGAGAAUAAAGUGCCUGAAGUUUCAGCUUUGCAGGUACAUCUGGAUGAGUUCCAAAAGGUUUUAUGGAAAGAAAGAGAAAAGCGCUCAUCUUUGGAAAAAGAAAUAGAACGACUGGAGUCAGCUUUGUCUGUAUGGAAAUGGAAAUAUGAAGAACUGAAAGACUCAGAGCCAAAAAAUCUGAAAGAGUUUAAUAUUAUUCCUGGUCAACAUGAAAAUGAAAUGAAAGAAAUAUGGGGAGAUAUAAAAGAAGAAUCAAAAUCUCAAACCGGCAAGGAUAGAGUGAUCUACGAGUUAAGAGCUGAGCUAGAGAGAUUGCAAGCUGAAAAUAUCUUGGAGCGGGACAAGAGGGAAAUACUUGAAACAGAAAAACAAGGACUGGAAAGAGAAAAUAGAAGGCUAAAGGCCCAAGUGGAAGAAAUGGAAGAGCUUCUGGAGAGGAGAAAUGUAUUAAGUGCAAACUCUCCAGGUCCUGACUUCAAGACCUCACAAAUUGAACUGCAGGAAAAAAUCAAGGAACUUUUAGGAGGACAGAGAGGAGAGGAGAGAAGAGAGGACAAGGGAAGACAAAUGAGGGAAGAAGAAGGGAAAAGUGGAAUUUGUGCCGACUAUAAAGUGAGAGGACAUAACAGAAUAACCAAAAUGGGAGCAAACACAAAUAGGCUAAUGUUUAUCAAAAUAUGUCCUGAUUUUGCUGUAAUGGAGAAAAGUAGAGUUGUAAUUCCCAACGAUUUUUCUAAAAAUGAUACCUUUCAGUGCUCGUUUGCUUUACCACUUUAUUCAGUGACAGGGAGGUUUGUACUUGGAAAGCCUUGA